AUGAAUUCUGUACUUAUCAACUAUAUGACUAUAGUUGAUCCCAAAUUUCAAACUGGGAAGUUGUUAACAAAAGAAGGUGCAGGUCCUUCGAAGAACUCUAGGACUACAAAGAAGACUGAGAUCAUCAUUCCCGAACCAAAUGUUAAAGAAAUGAAGACAUCAAAGUCUCCAAAGACGAAGGUCGAUGAGGUAGUUUCAAAAACUGUGAUAAAACUUGUUCAACAUGUUGUUACAGAACCAACUUCAGUCACCAUUCCUUCGAAGACUAGAGUUUCUUGCAGAUUAAAGCUGAAGUAUGGUGGUUCUCCUACUUCGAAUGUGGUUCACUCAGAGAUGAGAAAUCUAGAAAGGGUAGAUCAUCCUGAUCAGACUACAGAGUUGAGGAUAAAUUCUUUCAAUUCCAAAUAUGUGGGAGCUGUGAUAGAAUUAACGAAUAUUCAAAAGGAACGACACACACUGUUAGUAAUGGAUGUGAAGAAGGUGAGAGAAGAUGUAUAUUUGAAGCUUUAA